UAUGGUGCCCCUCGACGCGUUUUACGGACAAUGGUGGGUUGGAAGGCAAGCGAGGGUUGCCGAAGGCUACACGAGCAACAUACGCUACACAUCAUGUUUUGUUCAUUUUUGGUCUUUUAGUGUACUUCUCUAUGGAAAGUUUCCUCCGAAACGACAAGUUUCAAAACAAGCAAAAAUAAAUAUCGGUGAACCUCCCGAAGCUAUCCUUCCUAACCACUAACAGGCGUUUCAAGGGGCUGGCUCUUGAGAUGUCCUCCAAAAGUUUUUGAGAAGCAGUGACUACAAGCAACUGCUCUGCAGCCUGUGUCUAAUCUGCCAGUACGAGACAACACUUUUCCUGCCAUCGAGUGCUGCAACCCUUUACAAGCCUCUGAGAUUUGUUCCUAACCAUCUCUUGGGAAAUAUCUACCGGCGUCAAUUGCUCCACUGACUCCUCAACAUGAUGGAUCCGGGUGAGGGUUCCUCGUCAACAUCGAAGUCAAGAAAGCAAAGAUUUCGUGAUGCAUGGAUUGAGCAGCCGGAAUUUCAGGGCUGGUUGGCUGCAGUCCCUGGGGAUCCGUUCAGGGCGUUCUGCAAAGUUUGCAGCGCUAGUAUGGUCGCUGGCAGUAGCGAGCUUAAAAAGCACGCUGAAAGGCAAGGCCACAAGAAAGCCAUGUUAGGCCUCCAGAAACAACACCUCCUAACAGGGUUCAUCCAGAAAAAGCCAAAAGACUCCAUGGAUGACAAGGUGAAGAUGGCAGAGAUCAAGCUUUCUGCGUUUAUCACGGAACACUCCCUGUCAUUCAAAGCGAUGGACCACAUGGGCGAGCUCGUGAAAACGGUGUUUCCUGAUUCUAAAAUCGCAGAACAGGUGAGACUUCACAAGACGAAAUGCACAUCAAUUGUAAAAAAUGUGCUAGCAAAGGCAGAAGUGCAGAGCCUUUCCGCCAUACUAAGAGAAACGCGGUUUUCUCUUUUCGUCGAUGAGGGCACGGAUGUCUCGAGCACAAAGCUCCUCUGCUGCGUCGUACGUUAUUAUUGCGAUGCUGUAGAUGAUGUCAUCACGCAGCUGCUUGAAGUUAUUCCCCUCGACGCCACGAGUUGCUCCGCAGGGUCCCUCGCAACUGCUGUUGAGCAGUGCUUAAACCACAAGGAGAUUCCAAUGAAAAACAUUAUCGCACUGGCUUGCGAUAACGCUAGCGUGAUGGUCGGCGAACACAACUCUUUGAUGACCCGACUGCGCGCGAACGCGGACAGAAGCUUUGUGACCAUCAGGUGCAUCUGCCACUCUUUACACAUCGCUGCCAGCAAAGCUGCAAUGAAGCUACCGCGGAAUCUUGAAGAUCUGCUGAAGAAUGUCGCGAGUUACUUCGGGCAUAGUUACAAGCGUCAAGCUCAGCUUGCUGAUCUGCAGGAAUACCUUAAAACAGAGAAGCAUAGAAUCCUAAGGCCCAGCGAAACGCGGUGGCUGGCACUGCAAAAAUGCGUCGAGCGCGUCCUUCAGGAAUGGGACACAUUGAAGUUGCUUUUCUUGCAAGCGUCUGUAGAGGACAGAGUUGCAGCUGCAGGGCAGAUCUUGGCCGAAAUGAACCCAAUUAAUGAGGCGUAUUUGAAGUUCAUGGCCUACGUCUUGGGAUUUUUCAACAAAAUGAACGCUCUGUUUCAGAGCAAAGAGAACCUCAUCGCUGUUAUGCAGCAAGAAAGCCUGAGGCUCAUUCGAUGCCUCUGCCAAAAUUUCAUGCGACCGGAAGCAAUUCAAGAUGUCGAGAAGCUCAACCCCAUGGAUCCGCGUUCUCUUCUUCCGCUGGAGGAAGUAUAUCUCGGAGAGAGCUGCCAAGAGCUUCUUCAAAGCAUGGAAGGGGGGAGCUCGGAUAUCAAGCACCUGAGGCUGCGGUGUCUGGAGUUCUACCAGACGGCUGUCUUCGAGGUGAAGAAAAGGCUCCCAGUUUCCGGACCAUUCUACCACGAGGUACAAUUCGUCCAACCCAGCACAGCAUUGAGCUACGAAGCUCGUAAACAGCUGCCCGUGCUGCCAGUCCUGCAAAGGCGGUACACACACUUGUUGCCACGCGCCGAUGCUCUGCAAGGGGAAUGGCGAAUGCUGCCUUCUUUUUUCACUGAAUCCGAGAAGGCACUUCUGCGAGAAAAGCCCGCCGCUUCAUUCUGGGGCGAAAUGUCCAAGCUAAAAAACUUCGAAGGCAAGCCUGAAUUCGAAAACAUCGCUUGCCUGGCAAAGUUGGUGCUAACAGUGCCGCACUCCAAUGCUGAAACGGAAAGAAUAUUUUCCCUACUGACAGACGUGAAGACGAGGAAAAGAAACCGCCUUGCUCCGGACAGCAUCAACGCAGUGCUUGUCGUGAAAUCUGGCAUGACUGCAAGGUCAGAGACAUGCACUAAUUUCAAGGUGGAAAAGAAGCACAUGAAGUUGUUCACCAGCGAAAUUUAUAAGGCGUAACGCAAGCAGACCAACUCGUCAUCAAAACUUUAUUCUCCCAUCUCAUGAAACAACCUUUCAAAUUUUAUUGUAGACGGUGGCGACACUAUUUCGCGUAUCAUUGUCCUCAGCUUUUCCAAAGGGUGCUAUAUUGUGUUACGACUGGCAAGCCAUUUUAAUCCUUUGUGUAUGCGUGCAUAAACUGUAAAUAUAAUCAUGUCCGUCAUGUACUUUUUUAUUGGUGUUUCCCGACAUUUCGUUUUUCCCUUUUACUGGUUAUAUACUCGUCAAUCUGUGCUUUGUUGUUAUACAGUGUUAUGCUCUUCGCCUUCCUGAACUGUCUAUAAGGGCGAAAUAAUUAAAUAGUUAAAGAAGCAUGUUUGUUAACGAAGGGACCUUAUAACGUGACUGUUCUUAAAAAUGCUAUUCAAGUUUUAGUGACUGUGGUAUGUUAUGCAAUAAACACAAAAUUCUUUGUUAUACUGAAUACCUGGAUUGACUUCUAUUUUUUGUUUUGU